ACUCAGCAGUCUUCGAUGGGAUCCAGGGCUGGACAUCCUUGAACAUUUUCACAUUCUCUCUCCAUCUUGGGGGUAGAGGAGCUGAAGGAGAGCAGCCAGGUCGCGGGUAGGAGAGGUAUGGGCAGGGGUGUUAAGGCUCCCGUGUAUGUGUAGGAGCCCGGCAGAGCCCCUCUGGGUUGGAGAACACUUUCACACUCUCCCUUCUGGCCACCAGUAUGAGACAGGGAGUUGGGAAAAGGGUCUGUGUCUCCAGAUUCCCUCUCCUUUCCUCCCACAUCCGGUCUCCUCUUCGCUUUCUGAUUCCUUCUCUGCACUCCAUCUCUCUGCCCCACCACGGGUCUCUUUCUCCCUGCGCUCAUUGGCUCUGCUUCUGUUCCUCUCUCCCUCCCACCCCUACAAGUGAGUGACAGCUACCCGCCACAGUUUCUAUAGUAACCCAGCUUGCCAUCUUUGGGAAAUGAAGCUGCCACCUUCCUGAUUACUCGGGAGUUGUGCAGUGACCGAGGGGCAGAGCUGGGGACGCACGGAGAGGUGGCCUUCCUCUCCCUGUGGCCAUGUCCCUCCUCACAUGCGCAGGACAGGGAGGGACAGAGCAAUCCCGGAGACCAGGGACUCGGCUGAGGUGGUGUCUCCGCCCACAGGGGACCGGAAGCUGUUUGUGGGGAUGCUGAACAAGCAGCAGUCGGAGGAGGAUGUGCUGCGGCUGUUCCAGCCCUUCGGGGUCAUCGAUGAGUGCACUGUGCUCAGGGGGCCUGACGGCAGCAGCAAAGGCUGUGCCUUUGUCAAGUUCUCCUCCCACACGGAGGCACAGGCGGCCAUCCACGCCCUGCACGGCAGCCAGACCAUGCCGGGAGCCUCUUCCAGCCUGGUAGUCAAGUUUGCAGACACAGACAAGGAGCGCACCCUCCGGCGCAUGCAGCAGAUGGUGGGCCAGCUGGGCAUCCUGACACCAUCCCUCGCCCUGCCCUUCAGCCCCUACAGUGCCUACGCCCAAGCUCUCAUGCAGCAGCAGACGACGGUCCUGUCCACCUCGGGCAGCUACCUGAGCCCCGGCAUGGCCUUCUCUCCUUGCCACAUCCAGCAAAUUGGCGCUGUCAGCCUUAACGGGCUGCCUGCCACGCCCAUCGCUCCUGCCUCUGGGCUGCACUCACCCCCGCUGCUCGGCACUGCCACCGUGCCCGGCCUGGUGGCACCCAUCACCAAUGGCUUUGCUGGCGUUGUGCCCUUCCCAGGCGGGCACCCUGCCCUGGAGACCGUGUAUGCCAAUGGCCUGGUGCCCUACCCAGCUCAGAGCCCAACCAUGGCCGAGACGCUCCACCCUGCCUUCUCUGGUGUCCAGCAGUACACAGCCAUGUACCCCGCCGCGGCCAUCACGCCGAUCGCGCACAGCGUCCCCCAGCCGCCGCCCCUCCUGCAGCAGCAGCAGCGAGAAGGUCCCGAGGGCUGUAACCUGUUUAUCUACCACCUCCCCCAGGAGUUUGGAGACACGGAGCUGACCCAGAUGUUCCUGCCCUUCGGCAAUAUCAUCUCCUCCAAGGUCUUUAUGGAUCGGGCUACCAACCAGAGCAAGUGUUUCGGAUUCGUGAGCUUUGACAACCCGGCCAGCGCACAGACCGGCAUCCAGGCCAUGAACGGCUUCCAGAUCGGCAUGAAGAGGCUCAAAGUACAGCUGAAGCGGCCCAAAGAUCUGGGACACCCCUACUGACCGUGCCCACAGCCACCCUGAGGCUGCGGGCCUGGCCCAGGUGAGCCGCCAGGAGGCCCCAUGCCCUGCCCAGCCCUGGUCUUGUCGGAACCCCACCCCUACCCCUCGCUUUUCCAAACUCUCGCUGGGUUUGGUUGGGUUGGCAGGGACGGAGCUGGACUAAGACACCCCCCAAUAACUGUGGUCAGGGCUGGAACGGAGGGUGGGAUGGGGAUGGGGAGGUCGGGAGAAGCUGGGGUUCCCCACCAAGUUUGGCUAGGCAAAUCCAUCCUGGAGAAGGUUUUGAGGGAUGAAUAGGAGUUCUCUGGAAAAGGCAGGUUUGGCCUGGGGUGGAAGGUGCAUUGGGGAGGGGCUUCUUCUGUCCUGUAACCCCCUAAACCAGAGGGGGGAAAUGUUAAAUGUGCAUUCCAGACCCUGCCCCUAAGGUUGGACCCCAAGAUGCCCAGCUCAGCUUGGAACCAAGGCUGGAGCCCAGGAGAUGGGGACAGCCCCUUGAUGCCCUCCCUGUCCCCCUCUUCUGUCCCCACCAGCCCCAACUUCCUCUAGGAUAAUCCAUCCCCAUUGGGUUGACCCUGCUAACGAACGUGCAAAAAAAACCCCAAACGAACAAGCAAAACCUACAAGUUUAUUUUGCCAUCAGAACAAAGAACUUUAUCGUGUUCCUUUGGGGACCAAGCAGUAACCCUAAGAGGCCACCAUGGAACUGUAACCCUGAUCCCCAGUCCCAGGGACUCCAGCUGUAAAACGGGUUCACGGGGAGCCCGCGGGACAGAGGGUGCUUCUCCUGGCUGAGCCCAGAAUCUGCCCCUGAAAGGGCUCCCUCCGUCUUACUCGUUUUGAUUUGGGGGUGUAAUUUUAAGAUGUCACCACUGCUGUCAUGAGAGCCUCGCGAGGCCUGGCACGAAGUAGCUGCACAGUUAGUCAGUGUUCGGGUCACGCAGGUGUGCGUUGGGCCAACCGGAAGCAAAUCCAGGGCCACUGUCUGCAUUUGUCCACGUCUUACCCUCAGCCAGCAGAUCCUCCCUGAGCUCCUAGUGUUUGCCAGCCACUGUUCCCAAACUUGGGGACUUGGCCUCGAACAAACAAAAGAAACAAAAGGAGGGGAAUGGGAGGGGCAGAAAUUACUUUCUGGAGAAGGCCGGGGAUUUAGCUCAGUGGUUCUGCUGCCUGCCUUGCAAGCGCAAAGACCCGAGUUCAAUCCCCAGUACCAAAAAGAAAAGAAAUUACUUCCUGGAGUUUCAGUGACAGGGUCUAGGGACUGAGAAGGAAGGACAACAGUUUAGCACCGGAAGUCCUUUCUGAGGUGGGUGUGUCAGCCUCGGAACCCUGGGUUUGCUUUUCUGAAAAAUAUAGCGGGUCCUUGGGCCCUCAGACCCCAGCCCCUGGGAAGGUGGCAUCUUCCGCCUGUGUCCCUCCUAACACCAUCCCUUCUCCCCCAGGCAAGGGGCUCCCACCCCAGGAAGGUUGUCCCGCUUCCAACCCAACCAGGACUUUCCCAUAAGUUACAGCCGUGUUCGGACACCAGCCCUCCCCUUCCCUCCUGUCCCCACCCUGUUCAGCCCAAAAAUGUGAAACGCUUCUCAGAACCCAGUGCGGAGCCCCGAGAUCUGUCCUGGGUAGGGGGACAGGGUCUCCUGUGUUGGGGCCAAAGAAUUCAUACACUGCCACCCCCCACCGUCCACCCGGGGACAUUUCCUCACUCUCCCCCUCACCCCGGCUUGCUGGCUUCCCCCAGUGAAAUCACACCUUUCCCUAUAUAUAUAUGAGCGUAUAUAUAGAGAGAGCUAGAGACAGUAUAUAUAUAUAUUUUUGAGUAUAGGUCAUGGGGCCAAACUUUUCUGACUUCCUAACACCUGAGAGUGGAUGACCCUGAGCCGGUCACUUGGAGGGGACCAGGCUGGCUGGGCGGCCCAGUGCCCGUCCGUGACCCCCGGUGGGGACAUCAGACCAGGACGUGUCCCCCAUUACCUCUGGGCCGCCUGCCGGGUCCUCCGGCCACACUCGAGGGGUCUGAGCACCAGGCCCUGCCUUGUCGACCCUCCGCCGCCUCCUAGCCCUUCUCUGUCCCCAGCCCUCUGUCAUAGCCUUAUUCGAGUGACCAAUAGCCCUUAGCUUUCCGUUGUGGGGGACAGCCGGGUGGG